UUGAAAAGAUUUUUUUAUGCCAACUGCCUUCUCUUUAGGAAUCUUGUCAACUUAUUUCUAAGCCGUACCGGUGCUCCAGUGGCUGAGUCGGCUGAACUGCUGAGAAGUGUCAAACAUCUCGUCUCGGCGUCGCUCAUCGAUCGAUUCUCGGACGACUCCGAAAAUGAUGCUCAUGAAUUCCUGGUGCAGCUGUUUUCGCGUCUUUACGAUGAAAUCGUAGAUCUGAAUCGCAAGGCUGGCGGAGACUCGUCUAAUGACCCGAUAAAGACCAAUUUCGAGUUCACUAUAUGUCAUUAUAUCCAGUGCACUAAGUAAGU